AUGAAAUACUCUAGUUUCAAACGUUUCAAGGCAUAUGAAUUUAUUUGUGAGGCUAGGGGAGUAAUAUUGUCAACCCCCGAUGCUGUCAGGACCUGCCUCCUUUCCAAGAGGACGAUCCACCUCCGCCAUUUGCUCUCAAAUUUAGACAUUUCGGUUGAUUCCUUUGUGCCCCAUUAUUAUGGUUAUUAUGCCACCUCCAAGGACGCAAUUCAGAUUCAGAUGAACGCUGCUGUGUCUGAUGCAACAGACAACAUCCUCAAUUUCAGAAACCAAGAGAUUCCCCUUCGCCAACUCACCAUAUGCUUCUACCUCAAGUACUAUGAUUGUCUCACCAUUGGCAAAACUGUUGCCCGAGCAAUGGCCACCCACAGCCACAACCUCGACAGCGCUGAAUUCAGUAUUCUGACUGGUAAGCGGGCACAACAUUGCUCUAUCGACGAUCUCCGCCACAAUGGCAAGCAGCUCAUGACAUUUUUUGGUGCCUGUACUGAUGCAUUUGCCGGCCUUACGCGUCUCCACCUACGCAACUUAAGGCUUGCUGAAACUGACAUUCUCAACAUCAUCGCCACAUGCAAACGGCUAGAGUAUCUGCGUUUGUCCAUGUGUCAAACAGAGGAUAGCGUGUUGCAGAUGAAGUUUGAACACCCGCGGCUUGUUGAGCUUAAUAUCUCUAGUGCGGGCUUAGAACUAGUUGAGCUCAGCUCCCUACCAAACCUCAAACGCCUUGUUUUUAGUCUGUGGAACUGUCCCCAAGAACCCUUGUCUUUUGGCAACGUCCCGUUGCUUUCGAGCCUAAGCCUCACUGAUGAAAGCAUGAGAUGGCAGAAGGUUAUCAGGUUAAGUCAAUUCCUUCCUAAUGUCCUUUCCAUAAGAGACCUGCACCUCAAUUUCUUGAGCGAAAAGAUUUGGGUUCAGCCAGAGUGCCCGAAACUGCUUGCACAUGUUCUUCGGAAUCUGCAAGUUCUGAAUCUGGAUGAACUCCCUGAAGGAUGUGAUAUCGCUUGGACACGCUUCUUUAUUGAAGCUGCACCUGUCCUGAAGGAGCUAUGCAUAACAGUUUGGGACCAUUGGUGUGAGAUGGAGACAGACAGUGUGGAACGGGAAGCACAAGGCUUCUGUGACAAAACAGACGUGGAGUGGGAGUCAUCUGCGCCUGAUGGUUUUAGGCAUUACAACCUGACGAAGCUCACAAUCUAUGGUUUCCAACCAAAUGACAACUUCCUUGGAUACAUCAGGCACAUCAUGGAAGCUGCUGUUAACCUAGAGGAUGUAUCCCUGUACGACAGGAAGGUGCUCGAGUGCUGCGAAGACUUGGAUCCCAAGAUCAAGGUUGCUUCGACAGGGUAUCCGGAGGCCAUCCAGGAGCAGGAGUUGCUGAAGAAGCAAAUUACAGAGGGAUCGGUGAUGGCGUCACCUCAUAUAAUUCACUUCCGGUCUUAAAUCCUUGGCACAAAAAUGUGAUUUGCUUAGUAGCAAUAAUAUAUGCUGACUUCGUUUUUUUUUUUUUGCAAUGAAAUACUCUAGUUUCAAACGUUUCAAGGCAUGCAUUAAUUUUCUCUUGUUUCCUGCAACUUGGUUUCAGGCCAUAUGUAAGCAUGCUAUACAAUAGUAAUAUGUUUGAAUGUUCUGAAUAUUCUGGCUUCCUUUGUUUUUUGUUGCAAUGAAAUUUUUUCCCUUAUCCUUUGCCCUACUACAAGAGAGCUUGCCAUCCAGAUCAGAGCUGAGGCAACUUCAAGUGUCAUCAAGUGGCACUAGAUUCAAGAUAGAUCAGAGAAGUUUGGAGUCUAAUCCAUGCCAUGGUGGCGGCAAUGGAGCUGGGCUUCUGGUAGUCCUUUGCGAACAAAGGAGGCAUCUUUCUGACAUCAGGAGUCUAGCGAUGCAUUGGUGAUGCCACUGAUUGCUAGAGUUGUUGCCAGUGGUCGGAUUUCACCCUCCCUGUUUAAUUAAGAGAGGUUCUAAUCAGUUGCAGCAGGAUGAUUUGACAGGAAAUGGAGACCAGACUCCUCAGAUGAGGAUGUAUCAACUUCAAGGAAGGAUUUGAGGUUUGCAAAAUCUGGAGCUUCCAGCGAAGAGGUCAGAAGACGAUGAAUCGUCUUUGAGGAACUGUGAUAUGAGGAAGAAAACAAUGAUGGAUGCCCUUUUAACUUGAGGUUAAUGAUUGAUACUCUGAUAGGAGCUCGUUGGUGGGCGUGGAGAAAGAAUCGCCGGGGAGAGGGAGGCGGAGCGGCAGCGUCUGUACGACCUGGGGCGGCGGGGGUGGGGGUGUGGAGGAGAAGCGGCGUGGCGCG